AUUAGAGAGUAUACCAGGAGGACACAGACGGAUUUUACAAAUUAAUUUAAUUUACUUGUUUUGCCUAGGAAGUCCAAAAUAUUCUAUCAAAAUGUCUCUGUAUCCAUCUUUGGAGGAUAUGAAAGUCGAUACGAUGGCGCGAGCACAGAUGAGUCAUCAGCAGGGGCCGCCCUCGUACCAUGCUGCCCCCAUGCCUCCGGUGCCCAGCGCUCCUGCCCAUGUCUAUCCCGCACUUGGGAACUACAUGGGGCUGGAAUUAUCAGCGGAUGUUAUUGCGCGUAAUAUGCCCGAGUAUCAGGUUCAAACAGUCUCUUCUGGAGGUGCAGGUCGCAACUUGAUUGCCCCCAUAUCGUCCCAGUCACCAUCGCUGGUGAAAGCUACUGUUACUGGUGCUAUUAGGCAGGUUGUCCUUUGCAAGGAUAGAGACGGCAAGUGUGGAUUGAGGCUACACUCGGUCAACAAUGGAGUGUUUGUAUGCUAUGUUGGAACAGGCAGUCCGGCCGCCCUUGCUGGGUUGAGAUUUGGGGAUCAGAUAUUGGAGAUCAAUAAUGUGGCUCUUGCGGGAAUGAGCAUGGACCAAUGCCAUGGAUUAUUAAAGAAAGCCCCAGCCAAUGGCAUUUAUAUGGCUGUCCGUGACAGACCGUUUGAGAGGACAAUAACCCUUCACAAAGACUCCCUUGGUCAUGUUGGAUUCCAUUUCAAGAAUGGCAAAAUUGUUGGACUUGUCAAAGAUUCGUCAGCAGCUCGCAAUGGCUUGUUAACAGACCACCAGCUCUUAGAAAUCAAUACAAUUAAUGUUGUUGGAAUGAAAGAUAAGGAAGUUUCCAAAGUUAUCGAUGAGAGUCCAUCAGUCGUAAACAUAACCAUAAUACCCUGUUAUAUUUAUGAGCACAUGAUAAGCAAGAUGUCAUCAACAUUGUUCAAAGAGUUGGACCGUACACCUGCAGUUUAAAAGGACAGAUGCUAUUUUUUUAAAUUAUCCACCCUUUUCACGAAUUUAUAUUACAUAUUCCUAUUGGCACAUACUGUAAUCUGUUUCACUUUUGUAACUAAAAUAGUAAUAGCACAUGUAAUAAGAUAAAUGAUGAGCAGAUAAUUAUGUCCAUUUGAUCAUAAUGAGUGGUGAAAUGCACCAUACACUUUGGUUGUUUAUAAAGAUAGGAGAUAGCAUUAAUGACUGCUCGACUAAUCUGGUUAGAGUGGUUGCCUACUAUCUACGUACAUGCUAUCUUGAUUCAGAAAUACCAAGUUUGUUUGAACCUAUUGAUUGCCUCAGGGGAAACGAUUUUUUAGCAUUGUUUUAAGUACAUAUAAUGUUGCGUCAUGCUAGUUAGUAACGGCUGUGAGGAUCUGCUGAGAUGCCAAUGAAGGAUAUUAUUGUAUCAUACCAAAUUUUGUUGCCAUAUUUUAUUUGAAAUUUUUCAGAUGCAAAGACUUAAUUAUACUUGACCAGUAGGCCUAGAAUGCGCGCCGCGAUAAACGGUUAUCACGCCAUUUUAUCAAUUUUGUCCAUACAUUUUGACGUCGAUAUGAGUAUAUCACGGCGCGCAUCCUAGCCCAGCAGGUCAGAUGGAAAGAAAGGUCGAUUUUUUAAUCACUCGUUCUACAUUUUUUGGGACAAAGCAUUCUACUUGAUGGAAUGGUGCAUGUCUAAAUGUAUCUCCCUUAUUCAUAUAAAAAAUAUUAAUUCAUAUCAACUAUUCAUAUUUUCAUUUCAAUGUGAUGAAAGCCAUUAACUAGAAUUUUGCUUCAUAAGGCAAUUACUUUUUUUAUGAAUAGGGGAGUGCCUAUGUAUGGUAAAAAAUUAGAAUAUAACUUACUUCCCAUUUAAGGAUAGAUAUUUUUAUGUAAGGUUUAGUAGUAGUAUGUUGUGCACUUUAUUUACAAUUUUAUAUGUUUCAUAAAGCAUUUAUAGUACCUAUAAAACUGAAGAUUUUGCCUUUCAUUAACUCAAGUUACAACAAAAAGCCUUUUAAUAUGAUAAGUAGAUAAAUGUUGAUGGUUAUUUGGAAUUUAUUAUUAUUACCUAUAUUUAAACAAAAUAUAUAAUUUAAGUUUCUAUUUGUUUUUAUUAUGCCUUAACCUGUCUAGUAAAUUUGCAAAUUAUUAUUUUUUAAAUGUAAACUUAUUAUUUUUCAAUAUUCACUAUCAACAUUCCUAUUUCAGUUUUAAAUAGAGUUAUGAUGAUACUUUUAAAUAAUGUUUUAUAACUUGACGUCAGAUUUUAAUAUACCUACCUUUUGCAGUCGGGUAAAUGUUAAUAUUCUUGUGGCGAUAUCAUGACCUUGGAAAAUUGAAUUUGAAAUGAAACCAGACUAAUCGAUUUGUAUAAUGUUUAUGUUUGGAUUGAUUACUAAUCGUUUGGUUUGAAUUGUAAAUUAGUGAAGUUGGAAGUCAAAAGUAUUAAAUGUACGUAAGUCAAUUUUAGUUUAGGUAAAACCCCGAAAAAUAUUAUUCUGUUAAAUGCAACAAUACGCCAUGUAAUAAUCGUUUAAUUGUAAUUGUUGAAAGGUUGUUGUUGCAUUUUAUGACAUAAUAAAAAGAAAAGUCUAAAAAGGUGUGUGCAUUUGUAAACAUUUUACUUAGCAGUUAGAAAGUAUGGAAGAUUUCAACCCCAAAGUUGAAUUUGUAUUCGAAUCUUAAUAAAUCUUUGUUAGACCAAUAAUAAUAAUGUGGUCUCGGGAAAUUUAUGAAUAAAAAGAAGAAUCGAGGAAAGAGAUGGUCCCAACCUUUUCUACGCAAGUUCAAUCAGUCUGGUCGUUUAUUACUUCUAUUAAGAUUUUUAAUUUGUAUACUUACCAUUUUGUCUUCUUGCAUGCUUAUGUAAACAUUUUUAAAGGUAGUUAUGUUACCAUAUUGAUUGUUUACAAAAAUAGUGCCAACGAAAACAUGACUGAGAAUGUUUUUAAAUUCACAAGGUAUAUUAUUAUAAAGUGCUGCAAUAUUUAGGUACCGUUUUUUAUCUAGCGUAAAAUAAUAGAUAAAUACUUAUAGCAUGAGAUCUAACAAUUUUAUGUGUAUUUUUUUGUAUCCAUGUUAUGUUAUGGAUAUUAUGUCCUAUUUAGGUAUUCUACAUUAGGCCGUUAUGUGUGCCUCAGUACAUGACGUUGCGAUUGGAUGACUUAUUGGUUUGCUGAAGAAAGAGCUGUUAACGGUUUAUAUUUUGAAACCACGCUCUGUAGGCCUAGGAUGCGUGGCACGAUAAGCGUUUAUCACGCCAUUUUAUCGAUUUUACGGGAUAAGCUCAUACAUUUGUUGUCUAAAAUGAUCGAUAAGAUUUUAUCACGGCGCGCAUCCUAGCCCGCCUGGUAUUAAUGAAUAUGCACUAAUUUGGGUCAAAUUUUAAUACCUAUUUAGACUAAAUCAAGCAAACGCAAGCUCAAAUCUGUGCUAUUUUGUAUAGGCAUAUAAAUAUCGUUUCAGAAUAUAAGCCAGACUUCAGAAAUCAAGGAUAUAUUUUACAACCACACUCGCUUAUUUAGACGUAAAAACUUUAUUGUUUAUUAUGUACCUACGUACCUAUGUUUAAAUUCACAAUAAAACUUCCAUAAAACA